UCGUAAAUAUAUAUAAUUAUUCGCAAUCAUUAUCUGGUAUCUGAGCUGGUUGCCAGCUCCAAUGUUUCCUACACAGCCGCUGUUAUCAACAUCUCUAGUUCCUUUGACGAGGUAGUCAAGAGAAGAUGUUGGUGCGUGUUCUUGUCGGUGCAGCUGUCGGCGUAACAAUACUGCAGAAAGUGAUCGGUGAAAACAUUGCUUUCGGCAAAACGGCCAAACAAAGUACUACUCAUGGUGAAUAUAAUGCAAGCAUAGCCCUCGAUGAAAUCUACUCGAAUAGAGGGUCGACCACAGGCCUUGGCAACCCAUCCUGGUGGGAGGUGGACCUGAGGGGCUACUUCAGUAUCAGCAACAUCACCCUCACAGCAGUAGACAUGAUAUGGAAUCUACACAUGAGAAAUGCCUUCGUGGAGGUGAUGGACAAAGAUGUCAGCCUCUGCUCUGAUGUCCAGGUGGCGUGGUGUGGGAAUGUGUCCAGUACUGUUGCCAGUGAGGAGGAGUUUACCUUCACCUGCAAUGCCACAUUCCCUGUCCGUUUUGUCCGUGUCACGAGACCCGGAAAUGAUCGUUUGAAUAUCGGCCACAUUGAUGUCCAAGGGGUCGUGGCUACACAGCGAUACCGUUCCCACUUCACGUCCACAGCCAACAGGAAGGUGUCCUUCCCAUCCUUGGCUACAUCAGCCGUAACAGCCGGAGCUUGUGGCAUCCUUUGUCACAAAAGUCAUUCUUGCAUCGACUUCAGCUACAGGACCGCUGCCUCAACUGAAGCUAACUGUCUGCUAACCUACGAAGAAGUACCUCUGAAUUCUGUGGCAGAUCAUGCCUGGAGGAUGUACACCCUGGCCAGCUGCCUGUAAACACCCAAACUUGAAACUUGAAUCUACACCUAAAUUCCGGAAGAAGUGGACUAGAAUUAUGGAACGAUUGUUACUUCUAUUUUUAACUGUAAUUAUCAGUUGUAUCAAAGUUUCGCUUCAGCUGAAAUUGCUGUGAACACGUCUUUGGAAUCAGAACAUCUGUAGUAUCUUUGCUGGUACAGUAAUGCAUAUAAUUCCUUGUCAAUUGGGUGUUUUUUAUGCACCAUUUUUGUUGGGUCACAGUUGUGUUAACAUCGAGUGUGACAUACCCAUUGUAUGAACCUGUACAAUCACAUUACUCUCACCACAAUAAUUAUAGCACAAAUGUAUUAUUUAUAUUUAUUGUUUAUAAACAAUUCAUUCACAUCAAAGCUAUCAGAUAUAUAUUUUAGCAUUUGCUCUCCCCCGAUGUGAAUAUAUGACCAAGCUUAGAAUGUGACGUAGGAGACCGGGGCUAGGAUCUGACGUUUUGGUUUAAUGUAGGGAAUGGAUUGACUCUCCCUACAUUAAGUUGCAAAGGUGAACAUACGUUCUAUAAGUGAGUGAGUGAGUUGGGUUUAACGCCGCUUUUAACACUAUUCCAGUUAUAUCACGGCAUGUCAGCUUAAUGUGGGAGGAAAGCCCGAAGUGAUGCAGGUCUGAGGCGUUUACC